AUGCCUGUUCGAGAAAUUUCCAAUGAUACUCUUAAUGGUGAAUUAACAUCAGCCGGCGACAAACUUGUUAUGGUUGAUUUUUUUGCCACAUGGUGUGGUCCAUGUAAAAAUAUUGCUCCAUAUAUUGAUCAAUUAAGUAGUCAAUAUCCUAAUGUUGUCUUCCUCAAAGCAGAUGUUGAAAAAUGCACAAGUGAAGCAUUAAAAUAUUCAAUAAAAGCAAUGCCAACAUUUAUCUUUUUUCAACAUGGUAAAGAAGUUGCACGUUUACAAGGUGCUAGUAAAGAACCUAUUGAACAAACAAUUAAAAAAUUUUAUAAAGAGACACCAACAAAAGAUGUCGGCUAUACAGAUCUGAAACCAUUUAUUGAAGAAAAAAGUUGUACAGCUUUAAAUGAAAUUGAUAAAUGGCAAAAUGCUGUACUUGGUAAUCAACCAGGAAUGUUUAAAUCAGAUGAAGAUGAUCCUGAAUUGAUUCUUCAUAUAGCAUUCAAUCAAGUGGUGAAAAUUCAUUCAAUUGCUAUUGAAGCACCUGAAGAGAAUGGUCCAAAAACUGUGAAAUUAUUUAUAAAUCGACAGGCAAUUGAUUUUAAUGAUGCGAAAAAUAGUGAAGCUGUACAAACACUUCAAUUUGAAGUGAAACAUCUUAGAGAUGGUUUACCAGUUGAAUUACGAUUUGUUAAAUUUCAAAGUGUUCAAUCACUUUCACUUUUCUUUGCAAAUAAUCAAUCUGAUUCAGAUCAAACAGUUAUUAAAUCUGUUACUUUCUAUGGAACACCAAUUGUUACAACAAAUAUGAAAGAAUUUAAGAAAGCAGAAGGUUUACCAGUCGCCAAUGCGUGA